UGAGGAUUAUGAGCUGAAGUAAAACGCUGGCGGAAAUCACUGGAGGUUUUUGCCUUUUUUUUUUUUUCUUUGAAGGAUUAUGUUUACAAGAAACUGAUAACAUCAAAAGACAAACACUUUUUAGAAAUAAAGUAAUUAAAAGGAAUACAAGCUGUAUUUAUGCUCAAAGAAAACUGGAUUAACAAUGAGGCCAAAGACUUUUCCUGCUACGACGUAUUCUGGAAACAGCAGACAAAGGUUACAGGAGAUUCGAGAAGGUUUGAAACAACCAUCCAAAUCUUCAGGUCAGGGACUACCAAUUGGACCAGGCAGCGAAACUUCUCUGGACACUAAGAUUUUGGUAGGGAAGGAUGCUGCAAGGCAGCAGCAGAUGAGACAGACACCCAAGUUUGGACCUUACCAGAAAGCCCUCCGAGAAAUUAGAUAUUCUUUGCUGCCUUUUGCUAAUGAGUCGGGCAACACAGCGACUGUUGAAGUCAAUAGGCAGAUGCUCCAGGAACUGGUGAAUGCAGGUUGUGAUCAGGAGAUGGCUGUCCGAGCACUGAAGCAGACAGGUAGCAGAAGUAUUGAGGCAGCUCUGGAGUAUAUCAGUAAAAUGGGCUACUUGGAUCCUAGAAAUGAGCAGAUAGUGCGUGUGAUUAAGCAGACCUCACCAGGAAAAGGUAUUGUGCCAAAUAAUGUAACCCGCAGGCCAAGCUUUGAAGGAUCAAAUGAAUCUUUUCCGUCCUACCAUCAGCUGGGUAACACAGCCUACGAAGGGACAGGCUUUGGAGCAGAAGGUGCAAACAUGCUCCCUGACGUUCCCAGGCCCUACAUGGACUACUUAAUCUCUGCGUCGCAGCCUGCGGCCAUGGGCGCCCCCGUGCAGAGCACCCCAAGCCACCAGCAGAAACCGUACUCGGGCAGCAUGGAGCCCUCCGUGAUGAGUUACCCCGGGGCUAAUCACAGCAGCCAAGCCCUGCAGCUGCCGGCCUCGCACGGCUCCAGCAGCCCCCACUACAGCAGGCAGCACAUGAUGGUGCAGGGGGAGCCCAUGGGCUACGGUGUCCAGCGGAGCGCGUCCUUCCAGAACAAGAUGCAGCAGGAGGGAGGAUACCCUAAUCUCCCAAAUAAGGGGGCAGUUGUUCAGAAUAACUCUGGUCAUGCAUUUCAGCAGGCACCAGCAAGCCUGUAUUUGUCACAUUCUCACCACAAACAGACAAGUCCUUCCUCUCAUCAAAUGCACGUGAUGUCCAGAGGCCCGGCGUUUGCUAAUGAUUUUUCAGACAGUCCGCCACAGAACCUGUUGACUCCAUCUAGAAAUAGCCUCAAUAUGGACCUCUAUGACAUGAGUAAUCCUCCAGUUCAGCAGUGGCAGGCAGCGACCCCGUCACGCCGGGAUUCUCUACAAAACCCAGGAAUAGAAACGUCUCCACGGCAACACGUGUCCUUCAGGGCAGAUGCCACAGCGCCGAGCAGGACAAACUCCUUCAACAGCCACCAGCAGCAGCCACAGGUCACUGUGUCUAUAAGACAGGUUCCUCCAGGCAAAGCCGACCCUGCGCUUCCAUCCCCAAACACCAUCACGGCAGUCACGUCCGCGCACAUCCUCCAGCCGGUGAAGAGCAUGCGAGUGAUGAGACCCGAACCCCAGACUGCGGUAGGACCUUCCCAUCCGGGCUGGCUGCCUGCCCAGGCACCGGCCAUGGACGGCUUGGAGAUCAUGGAGCAGCACGUCCCACCCGUUGGAGCAGCCAAUGCCUACCAGCUGGAUGUGGAUUACAGUAACCAGGAGCUGCGGUGUCCGCCACCACCGUAUCCCAAACAUCUCCUGCUCCCUGGUAGCUCUGAGCAGUUCGAUAUCAACUGCUUGUGCAUGGGUGUAGAGCAGACCCUCCGCGUAGCCUCCAGCUCCACAGGCAGCAAAGCUGAGGAGAACAGUGAGCGGAGUGACAAGAGCAGCAAGAACCCGAAAGCUGACAAGCCAAGCAAGGAUAAAAAGCAGAUUCAGACGUCGCCGGUGCCUGUGCGGAAAAACGGCAAAGACGAGGAGAAGCGGGAAUCCCGGAUCAAGAGCUACUCGCCGUUUGCCUUCAAGUUCUACAUGGAGCAACAUGUGGAAAACGUCAUAAAGACCUACCAGCAAAAAAUUAACAGAAGAUUGCAGCUGGAGCAAGAAAUGGCUAAAGCUGGCCUUUGUGAAGCAGAACAGGAACAAAUGAGGAAAAUUCUCUACCAGAAGGAGUCCAACUACAACAGACUUAAAAGGGCCAAAAUGGACAAGUCUAUGUUUGUCAAAAUCAAGACGCUCGGCAUCGGCGCAUUCGGAGAAGUGUGCCUGGCCUGCAAGGUGGAUACCCAUGCCCUGUAUGCCAUGAAGACCCUGCGGAAGAAGGACGUCCUGAACCGCAACCAGGUGGCCCACGUCAAAGCAGAAAGGGAUAUCCUGGCCGAGGCAGACAACGAGUGGGUGGUUAAGCUCUACUAUUCCUUCCAGGAUAAGGAGAACUUGUACUUUGUGAUGGACUACAUCCCCGGUGGGGACAUGAUGAGCCUGCUCAUUCGGAUGGAGGUCUUCCCGGAGCGCCUGGCUAGGUUCUAUAUCGCUGAGCUCACACUGGCUAUCGAGAGUGUGCACAAAAUGGGAUUUAUUCACAGAGACAUCAAGCCUGACAACAUCCUCAUCGACCUAGAUGGACACAUCAAACUGACCGACUUCGGGCUGUGUACUGGGUUCAGGUGGACUCACAAUUCAAAAUACUAUCAGAAAGGGAGCCAUAUCAGACAGGACAGCAUGGAGCCCAGCGAUCUUUGGGAUGAUGUGUCCAACUGUAGAUGUGGAGAUAGGCUCAAGACAUUGGAACAAAGAGCUAAGAAGCAGCAUCAGAGAUGCCUGGCCCACUCAUUAGUUGGAACUCCUAAUUAUAUUGCUCCUGAAGUCCUGCUUCGUAAAGGAUACACUCAGCUUUGUGACUGGUGGAGCGUUGGCGUGAUCCUCUUUGAGAUGCUAGUGGGGCAGCCUCCUUUCCUGGCUCCUACACCCACAGAAACCCAACUGAAGGUGAUAAAUUGGGAAAGCACCUUGCACAUUCCCUCGCAGAUCAAGCUCAGCUCCGAGGCAACUGAUCUCAUCACAAAACUCUGCUGUGCUGCCGAGGACAGGCUUGGAAGGAAUGGCGCGGAUGAUAUCAAGGCUCAUUCUUUCUUUCACUCUAUGGACUUCUCUACAGAUAUCCGUAGGCAGCCAGCUCCCUAUGUUCCAAAGAUCAGCCAUCCGAUGGACACUUCCAACUUUGAUCCGGUUGAAGAGGAGAGCCCUUGGAGUGACGCUAGUGGUGAUAGCACCAGGACGUGCGACCCGCUGGCCUCUUCCAGCAGCAAACACACGGAACACGCCUUCUACGAGUUCACUUUCCGCAGGUUCUUCGAUGACAACGGGUACCCGUUCAGGUACCCCAAACCUUCCGGCGUGGAAGGCGGCCAGCCCGAGAAAGCCGAGGUGGAGAACAAAGAUCUGGUGGAGCAGACUGGAGCUUGUCAGCCUGUAUAUGUGUAAAUUAUUGUAUAGAGUACUCCCGAUAAACCUAAUCUCAAAUCCAGAAGGGCCUUUAACUGAUCCUUUAGGGUCUGAUCCGGCAACCCUUG